AUGUUUAAAAAGUUGGCUCCCAUUGAGGCCCUUUCUAUCAACAAGGCUAGUCCUCAGAAUCGCUUACAGUUGACCCACAUCAAAGAUUCUCCGACAUUGGAUAACGAAACAAAAAGCUCCAGAAUUACAUCAUUGACAAGCAUGUGGAGUGACCAUACAUAUUCUGAGAAGAAUGAAAAGGUUGGCAUUAGACGACUCGCUAGAGCUUGUACUAAAUCGCUAAGCCAAUGGAACAGUGGGGUUCUUAAUUCCGAAGAUGAAAGGAACGACUUAUCUACCCACUAUUCAAGAAAUAGCUAUUUAUCUAAUAGGUCGCUCCUUGAAUCAGAUUAUAAAAAACUUGCUCAUGUUGAAAAGAAGCAUGAAAAUGAACUAGAAAUAAGAAGAUUGCGGAAGCUUCAUUUUGAUAGACCAGAUUCUACAGCAGACUCAAUAGGUAAACAGCAGAGAAAGGCAUUGGGUGUUUCGAAGCCUUCACUAGAGAAUAUUGCGAACAAUUCUGUAAGAGAUUCCAAAUCCGAUGUUAAUAUGACAUCCAGGAAAACUCUGGAUUCAUUUCAACCCAAGAGAGUAGUAGUUAUCAAAGAUGUGUUUACAAGCUGUGGUGCUAAGAGUAUCAUCUCUCAAGUAUGCGGUGGGCCAUUGGAACGAAUAGUGUUUCAUGAGCAUAAAAAGGGUUUGAUGAUGGAAUUAUACUUUAUUUUUCCAGACCACGCCAAAAGCUUCCAUAACUUAGGUUCCAAUACAGGCUUAUUGGUUUUAAAUGGAGAACGAUUGUCUUUAGAAUGGGCCAAUAAAAAUAAUUCACAUGAAGUUGAAUAUUGUCAUCCCUUUGUUCCAAAGUAUUUGAUGCACGAAAUUAAUUAUUAUGGCGCAAGAAGAUGUUUGAUAUUCUCUAAAACCGUACCAGAUAAAUUAACCAGACACUCACAUGCAAUGCAUUAUCCAUCUCCGAGAACACAUUUGUCGAGAGAUCUUGAUAUUGAGGAGAUCAGAAAGGAUUUCGCAGCCUUUGGUGAAAUUAUUGAUAUUGCAUCUGUAAUAUCAAGAAAACUCUGCUUCUGUUUACAUUUUGCAGAUAUUAGAUCAGCUAUAAUAGCAAAGAAGGAAUGUGAACAUGAGGGUAGUUUAUUCAAUUCAAAAUACAGCAAUUGGUCAAUUUGGUAUGGAAAGGACCCAACGGAUAAACCAUGUCUUUCAGCGUAG